AUGGAGACAUCUAUCUGGCUGCUCGCAGCAGCCAAAAGACGAACUCGGCAGGAAGCCCAGGAUGCGUGGAUCAAGGCAUGGCAGGGUGACUGGACGAGUCGGCCAACCAAGCGCUUAAUUGAGGUCCCGAAGAAACGGGGCUUGAAGUAUUGGAAGGGGCUGCGGAAGGCGACAAGCUCAGUCCUUAUACAGGUCCGAACGGGCCGCAUAGGGCUGAACGCCUAUCUCAGCAAGAUCAAGACCCGGCUGCGGAGGAAAAUGUGGAAGGAGCUGGAGCGGAAGGGAGUGCGGACGACUUCGGAUUUCUGGACGAUUAUCGCGGACGAGAGGGUGGCUCCUGCGAUUGCGGCAUUCAUGAUUCAAACAGAGCUCCUGGAUCAGUUCCGAGCGGUCGAUCCUACUGCUACAGGAAUCACGAGGGAAUGGGACCACCGGGAUCCCGAAGACGACGACUAG